CCGGCAGCAGCAAGAGGGGUGAGACGAGGGUAGCAGAGUGGCAGCAGCACAGCUUAACUAGGGUCUUACUUGUCCACUCAGUGGCUCAGCUCAGCUACCCAGCAGUCACUGGGAUUUGGAGUCUGGAGCACUGGGUUUCAGCCCAUUCUGACCACCUGGCUGCUGUAGAACCACAAGCAAACUACUUCUUUUGUGGGUAUUCAGUGUUCCUGCAAUCUAUUGGAGCCAUCUUGGAAGUCAGGGCAGGAGCCAGUUCUUGGAGAAGACCUUGUACAGGGCAUGGAUUGCUGCAGGGCUCUUUUCUUCUGCCUGUGUCUUCUGACUUCUCAGGGCAUGACAGCAGAGAUCACAUCAAAAGAGAUCCUUCAUUGGAUGCAGAGAAUGGAGUGGCCUAAGGGCCGGAAAUCCCCUUCUCCUGAUGACCAAGUCCAUGGCCUUGAGCAGAGGCUGCUGAAUGCCACCUUCCACGACAACACGCUAGAGUUGAGCACGAACACCAUCCAGUCUCUGGUCUUCAAGCUGGGCUGCAACUUCACUGGCCUCUCCUUGAGCAGUGCUGCUCAGGAGCGGGCCCCCCAGGCCCGGGCCCUGCAUGCCAUGCACUUCCCUGCGGCGCUGACCUGGGACACCUGUGCGAAGCCUGCCCGGCCCAGGGAGCUGCGACUCAUCUGCAUCUACUUCUUUACCACCUCCUUUUUCCAGGAUAACAACAACUCAUCCCUGCUCAAUAAUCUUGUCCUGGGGGCCCAGCUGGACCAAAGGCGCGUGAACAACCUUAGGGAGCCAGUCAACAUCAGCUUCUGGCACAACCAAAGCCUGGAAGGCUAUACCCUGACCUGUGUCUUCUGGAAGGAGGGAGCCGGCAAGAACAGCUGGGGGGCCUGGAGCCCUGAGGGCUGUCGCGUGGAACAGCCUUCGCCAGCCCAGGUGCUUUGCCACUGCAACCAUCUCACCUACUUUGCGGUUCUCAUGCAACUGUCCCCAGCCCCGGUCCCUGCAGAGCUGCUGGUGCCUCUUGAGUACAUCUCCUUUGUGGGCUGCAGUGUCUCUGUCGUCGCCUCGCUGCUCACCGUCCUGCUGCACCUCCCUGCCAGGAAGCAAGGUGACUCCAUAAGACACAUCCACAUGAACCUGCACUUCUCCGUGCUGCUGCUGAAUGUCACCUUCCUCCUGAGCGCGGUGCUGGCGAGGCCCUCCGGGGCUGCGUGCACGGUGCUGGCUGCCCUCCUGCACUACGCCCUGCUCAGCUGCCUCACCUGGAUGGCCAUCGAGGGCUUCAACCUCUACCUUCUCCUGGGGCGUGUCUACAACAUCUACAUCCACCGCUAUGUGCUCAAGCUCUGCACUCUGGGCUGGGGGGUCCCAGCGAUCCUGGUGCUGCUUCUCCUCGCUGUCAAGAGCUCAGUGUAUGGACCCCAUGUCAUCCCUGUCUCCUACAGCCAGGAAAAUGGCACAGGCUUCCAGAACAUGUCCAUGUGCUGGGUGCGGAGCCCUGUGGUGCAUGGUGUCCUGGUCAUGGGCUAUGGCGGCCUCACAACCCUAUUCAACCUGAUGGUGUUGGCCUGGGUGCUCCGUGUGCUGCGCCGGCUGCAAGUACAGAAGAAGGUGCUGGGCUCCAGGGCCUUCCGGGACACAGUCACUGUGCUGGGCCUCACCGUGCUGCUGGGAACCACCUGGGCCUUGGCCUUCUUCUCCUUCAGUGUCUUCCUGCUGCCCCAGCUCUUCCUCUUCACCAUCUUCAACUCUCUCUAUGGUUUCUUCCUGUUCCUAUGGUUCUGCUUCCAGAGGUACCGCUCAGAGGCAGAGGCCAAGGUGGGGAAGGAGGCGCUCAACUCUUCCCAGACAGUGCACUAAUCCAGGCUUCCUGGCCUGGAGCCCCAGCCUUUCUGGAACCUGCAGCCUGAGGCCCUGGCUCCCCCCAGAGGCAGGACAUCAGACACCCCCAUUCCCUCUGGGGACCCUUGGCCAGAUCCAUGGCCUCCCCAGGCACGCAGGGAGUGCAGGGACUCUGGCCUCCGCUGACCUGCUGCAGAGCAGGCCCAGCCCCACCUGGGAACAGCACAGCUGGCAAGGCCUGUAGGCAGACCAUGGGCUGAAUGCCAUUUUAAGGCCCGGCUCUGGGCCUCUCUGUGUGACUGUGGGGCUGUCUCUCAUGGACCUUAAGUUUCUACAUCAGUGAUGUGGAGGGAAGAGGCUCUGACAGCUAUGUGAAUCAUGACUAAGAUGGCGGGUGUCAGUGGGGGUUCACCCCAUGACCCCCAUCUGCCUGAUGGGGGCUGGAUCUCUGCCUUCCCCCUUUAGAAGACUAGACUGUACCUGUCCCUUGCCCCUGCCCAGCACUUAGCAACCCAGACACCAGCCUAUAUACCUAAGGCCACUUUUCCUUUGACCCUGAAAUGAUGACAACUCAGCUUCAAGCCCACCUUUUCCAAAGACUGAGCAGCCCAGUCCUUCCCAGAGCCUCCUCCUCCAGUGCUCCAAGAUUCCCACCGCCUUUCAGGCCAGCAGCCAAGGGCCUUCUCAGGGUGGGAGGGGACGCUGCUUUCCCUCCAGCUGAGACAGACCCCUGGGCCUCAGCGACCUGGCUGAGGAUGACUGGGCUGGCAGAUGGUGGGCCUGAGGAUGAGGGUUCUAAGCCCCGAUCUCUGGCCACAACCUCAGGGAAUCACCAUUGCUCUUGACCUGGCUGUCAGAACAAGUGGGAGACAAUGCUCAAGAAACCCUGCCUUUCCCAGGAUGGACAC